AAGGAACUGAGCAAUGGAGACCAUGGGCAGGUAGCCGACCAACGUCCCUGUCAAGAUCUGCUGAAAAGUCGGCUGAUUGGGCCUUCGUCAUGGCCUCAUACCGUCGCUCGUCCAAGGCGUCUGACGGCAGACCAGCAGCAAGUGACAGCGACCCCAAGUCCGUCAUGAUGGAGGAGAAGACGCCGGCUGCAGCCAGAUCACCGCAACACGGCACGAAGGGGCCGUCGUCGGUGUCAUCAUCGAUAUCUGCGGUGCUGGGAGGCGAUGUGGGCAACAUCGCGCUGCUGCUGGUGCUGUACACGCUGCAGGGGAUCCCUAUGGGACUGUCGGCGAGCAUUCCCUUCCUGCUGCAGGACAGGGUCAGCUACAAGCAGCAGGCGCUCUUCUCGUGCGUGUCGCUGCCAUUCAGGUACACACACACACACAGGGAGGUAGGGAGGGGCAGAUCCAUAGGUGCGCGUGUGUUGGUCCUUCCAUGUGUCAUGUGUCAGCUUGAAGCUUCUGUGGGCGCCUAUCGUUGACUCGAUGUACUGGAAGCAGAUGGGCAGGAGGAAGUCAUGGCUCAUCCCUGUCCAGGUGGGGUGGGUGGGCGUCAAAGGAAAGAAAGGAAUGCGCCACACCACAACCAGCAGACACACACACACACACGCACACACACACACACACGCACAGGCGCCCUCCUCUGUCUGUCUGUCUGUCUGUUUGUCUGUUUGUUCGUUUGUCUGCGGGGUCGGUGCAUCCAGUUGGGCUGUGGUCUGCUGAUGGUGUGGGGCAGCUAUGCGGGCCGCAUCGACCACUGGCUGGGGUCGCCCGAGGAAAAGCCCGACGUGCUGACACUCACCGUCUACUUCGUCGCCCUCUACUUCCUCAUGUCCACACAGGACAUCGCAGUCGACGGCUGGGCCCUGACGAUCCUCUCCAAGAGAAAUAAGGGGUACCUGAUGCCCGCUCGCCAUGUUUGUUGUGACUAUUGGUGCGUGUCUGUAUGUGUGUGUGGUGCCUGGCAUCAGAUAUGCCUCGACGUGCAACACCAUCGGCCAGACGGCCGGCUACUUCAUCGCACACGUGGCAUUUCUCGCACUCAACGACCCAGGUAGGUCCACAGUCAACAGAGCCAGCACAAACAGACAGAAGGGCAACAGCCGCCGUGUUGUAAUGUCCAAUGCACCGCAGCCACGUGUAAUACCUUCUUUCGGUCGACCCCUCUCCCCCACGGCCUGGUCACCCUCGCGAGCUUCCUGCACUUCUGGGGGCUGGUCUUCCUGGCAACCACCACCUUCAUAUGGGCCUUCAAGCGCGAGAAGCCUCCCGGAGCCACCACCACCAGCCGCAAGGUCGAGCCAACCACGGCGCAGUUCGUCAUGUCCGUCGAGGAGACCACCACACGCAGCACCGCCACAGCCAUGGGCGCCAGUCCCAGCACCGGCACCAACCGUGGUGCGGGGCCGUCCUCUCAGUUCACUGGGGCGGCAACCACCAGUGCAGCCGACAGGCCGCCCUACCCCCCUCCCAACUUCACGCCUUCCCCUGAGCCAUCCCCAGCACCGUCACCCGACCCUUCUCCUGAGUCGAGGCGGGGCUCUCUGGCAGACGAUCGGAAACACUCGCUCAUGACGCAGACGGACGGAGACGGCGUUGAGUGGGAGGGAGAGGGCGGUGGUGGUGGGGGCGGUGGGGGGAGUGGCGGUGGCGGGGCGGUGGGUGGAGACUGGGAUGAGAUUGACGGCGAGAACCCUGGGAGUGUGGCUGAGACGUAUGGCCACCUGUGGAAGGUCAUGUGGCUGGGGCCGGUGCAGACGGUGGUGCUGGUCCUCAUGACAUGCAGGCUGCCGUUUGCCGUCACAGACAGCUCCACACACCUUAAGGUGCGUGGCGGGGAUAUGUGGGUGGCGAGACAACAACAGGACACUCGGAUUAAUGGUGUGUUGUGUUUGGCCAGCUGGUUGAGUACGGCAUGUCCAAGGAGGAGCUGGCCUUCCUGGCGCCACUCCUCAUUCCAUCGGGCAUACUCACACCCAUGGCCGUCAGGAAACACACACGAAACGCCGCAUCCAAUCCAAUGGUGGCCAUGGUGUCUUUGUCUUGUGUUGUCUUGUCUUGUGCUGUGUCGUGGUUCAGCUGGGUCGGUACACCGCCGGCGCCCGACCCAUGAACAUCUUCCUCCGCGGAAUGCCUUUCCGGCUCAUCAUCGGUGCCCUUUUCGCUGGUACGACACACAGCACACUAAGAGAACGACCACAUCAAUCCAAUGAGUAAGUGUGUGUGUGUAUGUGUGUGCUGUCAUGUCGUUUCAGUGUUCCUACCGCUGACGCGUGCUGUGUAUGCGACUAAGACGGCCGGCAGCCCCCCCUAUGUGUUCUACGUCUUCAUCCUGCUCGUCGGCGUCCUUUACGACGCCGCUUCUAACUGCAUGUUCGUCGCACAGGUACCAAAUGACAUGGGCAUAUGGGCACACACAGCACAGCACAGACAAGGCGGCCGGACCAGUGUGUAUGCGUCUCUCUGUGUGCCGUGUUCUCUGUGUGUGUGUGUGUGUGUAGAUGGCAUUCUUCGCCAAGAUCAGCGAUCCUUCAAUCGGCGGGACCUACAUGACCUUCCUCAACACCAUCGCCAACCUCGGCGGAAAGGUGCACCAACACACACAUCCGACAUCGGGCCAUCGGCAACACUUGGACCUCUCUCUGUGUGUGCGCUGUGUGUAUCUCAUGACCUUCAGUGGACGACCACGUUGAGUCUGUGGCUGAUGGACCCCCUCACCAUCCGCCGCUGCCCCGACGACCAGCCCCUACCCAUCCCCCUCCCCAUCGCAGACGACAGCACGUCACCAGACGCCCAGCAGUGCCCGGUGCUGCUGGACGGCUACACGGUCCAGCUGGCCAUCUGCUUUGUCAUCGGCGUCUUGUGGAUGUGGGCGCUGGGGAGCAAGGUCAAGCGCCUACAGGAGUUGCCCGAAGAGGCGUGGCACAUACCCAAGACCACCACCACAACCACCGGCACAGCAGCUCAGGAGAAGGAUGGGGUGGUCAGGGAGGGAGAUGUUGGGCGUGGUGGGGUCAUGAACGGGACGAGUGGGGACACUUACAGGGGAAGAUGAGAUGAGAUGAGAUGAGGGGUUGCGGUGGUUGAUCGCUGUCUGUCUGUCACACUGCGAAUGUGGGUGAGCUGGCAGUCUAAUUAAUUAAGCUAUUGGAUGACUGGAUGGAUGACGGGAGGACAGAUCACUGUGAUCUGCGCGUGCGCUUGUGCGUGAGAGAGAAAGGGACAUACAAUGUUUGC